AUGCAAGAAGAUUGGAAACCAAAGUUAAAAAUGAUUUUUGAUAGCAUUGAAGAUGCUUGGAAGUUUUUGGUUGAUUAUAGUGAAAAAGUUGAGUUUGGACUGAGGAAACAAUAUUAUCACAAAAACAAAAAUGAUAUAAUUACUUCUUACAAGUUUGUUUGUAAAGAAGGUUUACGAAAACCAGAUAAACGGGAUUAUAAAACAAUCAAUCCAGGGCCGGAGACUCGAACAAAUUGUCAAGUAAGAUUAGGAAUUAAGAAUAUGGAUGGUAAAUUUAUGGUCGUUUAUUUUGUGGAGGAACAUAAUGACAAUUUACGUUUACAAGAAACAACUCACAUGUUGUCAUGUCAAAGGGAAGACUCUCAAAUUCAAUGUCAUCAAAUUGAUUUAGCCGAUGAAGCGGGAUUACAACAAAGGAAGUCGUUUGAUUUGACGAGUAAAGAAGUGGGAGGUAGAACUAACUUGGGAUUUAUUCAUCUUGAUCAAAAGGAUUAUCUUCGGGAAAAAAGGCAAAGGAGUAUGGUACAUGGAGAAGCCGAUUAUCUAUUGUAUUUUGGUGAUGUUAUAUCUCUUGAUUCAACAUAUUGCAUAAAUAGUUCACAUAGACCACUGACACUAUUCUUGGGAUUUAACCAUCAUCGAAAAGUUGUGAUUUUUGGGACUGUUUUAUUAUAUGAUGAAACAGUUGAGUCAUACAAGUGGCUCUUUGAGACUUUUUUAGAGGCUCAUAAGCAGAAAAUAAUCACAAACAAUAUUUACUGA